AUGCACACAGUACUUGGUUAUACUCUUACAGAACGUCUUGGAAAAGGGACCUAUGGUGAAGUUUACAAAGCCAUCCACCAGAAAACUCGGGAUGUUUUUGCCGUAAAACGCAUAGCUAAAAAAUCACUGUGCAAACGUGCUCAGGAUAACCUUGUCGAUGAGAUUGGUAUCCUAAAAAAUCUUCGUCAUCGAAACAUUGCUCAGAUGACUGAUUUCACGUGGGAUUCGGACUACGUUUACAUGUUUAUGGAAUAUCUAGGUGGGGGUGAUUUGAGUUCAUUUCUCAAAUCAAAACGCAGGCUCCCCGAAAGAACCAUCCGAUAUUUUCUUCAGCAGUUAGAUUUUGGUUUCGCAAAAUCACUUGAAGAACCUGUUAAAUUGAACGAAAUUCGUGGCUCCCUCCUCUACAUGGCUCCGGAGAUAUAUAAGUUUGGUAUUUAUGAAAAGUCAUGUGAUCUCUGGUCGGUUGGCGUCAUUCUCUUCGAAUGUCUGUUCGGGAAAGCACCAUUCGCCUCAUCAACCAUUGAUGAGUUGAAAGCCAAACUUGUUGACGAUUCUCCUAUUAAGAUCCCAAGAUAUCCUCUCUUCGGAAAGGACUGCAUUGAACUUGUUUCGAAGUUGUUGAAACGUGAUCCCUCUGAGCGUAUUCAUCACGAGCAAUUUUUCAUCCAUCCCUUCAUCGACCUCGCGCAUGCCCCAUGUCCCCGUAGUCUUAAUAAAGCGGUUGAUCAUAUCUUGAUUGCCGAUGAUUUACGCUCUUCUGGUAACCUUGUUGAUGCUUACUUCAACUACAAAGAAGGCUUGACUCAUCUGAUCAGUGCGCUACAAAUUGAAAAUGAUCUUUCAAGAAAACGAAUCAUUCGCUCAAAACUUUCUCAGUAUAUCAAGGUGGCAGAAGACUUGAGCCGCGUUCUGAAAGAAAGGGAGAACGUCGGUUCCUCUCAAAGUAGUCAGCUUCCCGUCAAUUCAAAUCUCGGUGGCGCAGAAUCCAAAUCGGCAGUCGUGCCUCGUGAUAAAGACACGAAGGCGCCGCUGCACGCCCACCCCGAGUCCUCUUCGCCAUCCGUCUGCGUCAAACCGUUGUUCAUUCCAGCAACUGCAAUGGCCAACGAUAAUGUAGAUUCAUCCAAGAACGGUAAUGAUCCAAAGUGCAAGCCCUCGUCAGUAAGCGGGUUUCUCCGAAUCAACCUUCUGACGUCUUGGUUUGGUGGUCUCGCCUCCAACAAGGGCAAUGGGUCUUCUCCUCAAGUGCCCGAGGCUGCUCCUGGUCUCGAUGAUGCAGUCUCUUCACUUGGCGAGGAGUCAACUUUGCAACCCGCCGUGAAAACAGCCCACCAAUAUGCCCUUGAACGUCUUGAUGCUCUACGUGAGUCACUCUCUUCAGCGCAUUAG